AUGAAAGAGCAAUUAUCAGUAGUCCAGUCGUAUUUUGUUUACUGGACAAGGAUUGAAUCAUCCAUUGUGUCUCAAGAGACACAUAGCAGAACCUACUCAGAUGACCACAGCAACGUGGAGCCUGGGUGGUGGGUGGCAGCCCCUGGGCAGAGUGAAGGUACUGCCCCAGAAGCUGCAAAGGAGAACAGCCUAGAUCUUGCUUCUACCAUUACUGUGGGGACAAAGUUGUCUGAGGGUGUCCAGACUCUGGCCCAGAAUCCUUUGCACACAGCUACCACAGCCAGCAGCUGCCAGCAGCCCAGCAGGGACAGCAACCCAACCCUAGAACCAUCACUGGAUGUCCAUAGGCUGGAGAGGCUUGUGGCCCUCAGAACUCAGGAUGACCGAAACUUUAAUUCAUUGGAAACUUGUCCAUGCUUGGAUACAGCUGAACAGGACAAGAUGGUGGCCUCUAAUAGGACCCUGAUGAGGCCUUCUGUAUAUACCGUCCAUCUUACCCAUCCCCAGCACCUCUGGUCCUCAGAAGCAUUCAGUGGGCAUGGGGCUGGGGCAGCCAACCCAGCCCCUGACUUCCACACUUCUAGCGUUUCCAGGCUACCUGCUGCUGAUGGCCAUGCAGAAGAACCAAGGCCUUGUGCCAGCUUCCUACCCAAGUCAAAGUGCAAGGAAGCCAGAGAGGGGGAGGGGACUGGAGAGGCUGGCAUGGGACACCCUAGCAAGACCAACCCAAGGCCGGAGGUUGGGCUAGAGGAAGACAGUGCCCCUUUGGGGAUCCAGUUCAGAACUCCCAGGUUGGGACUUCUGCUUUGCCUGUCCGUGACUCUGGGCAUGCCCCUGGCUGCUGGCCUUUGCUACCUGCACACUCAGUGUUGCCACAAAUGGACAGGAGUGCCCUUUAGCGAGUCUGGUGCUGAUGCUGUUGCCAGGAACAACACCAGGGAGAGUGUGCAUGUCAGGACUGGGGAGAACAGUUUUGUCCUGGUUCAAGCGGAAUACAACAGGAUCACCCCUUCUGUGGGUAGCAAGAAAACAGUCCCCUGAGAAGACUUUCUUCCCAGGGCCCUCAGUGGCCUCCUUAGACCCCUUAGACCCUAGUGUCUCAGUCAAAAGGAGCUAAUGAGAAUUCCUGAUGAGAACAGGGACUUUCCAGGCCUCUUGUCAGUGUGCAGUCAGUGGAGGAAGCCAUGAAAGGACAGGUUAUCAACAGAGGGAGUUCUUCCUGAGCUUUGUUGUCUUAACAUCUGUAAUUUGGCUUCUUUUUUGUCUCUUUGCAAUUAGAUGUUCUGUUUGAAGAGUUAAACUCAACGCAAUGAAUAUUGUAUAACCCACUCAUUAGCCAGACUCCUGUGGCUGCUAAGCUUCCUCUGUUGCCUUAAGGAAACCACUGAAAUAGAAACUCUGUCCCCC